AUGAUUGCAAAAACACAGAUCAAAUGCACAACCAUUUAUGCCCCAGCAAAGUCAAACGAAAGACAUGAAUGGUAUAAGGAAAAUCUCACAGAAGAAAUACUACACAGCGAUAUUAUAACUGGAGACUUCAAUGUAGACUGUUCAGUGGAUAAUAACCUUAACAAAUAUAUUAAAACAAUCUUCGACGAAUUCGAAUUUACAGAAAUUAAGAAUGGAAUCACAUUUCCAAGAAACAAAUCAACCAUCGAUAGGGUCUUUGUCUCAAAGAAGAUACUCCAUCUAAACCCAAUAGUUACUACUAAGGAAAUCAAAUUAAAAUCUGAUCACAACAUGGUAAUCAUUGAAUUAAAAAUACCAGAAUACGAGCAACAAAAGAAAGGAGAAAGACUAUGGAGACAAAACCUAGAAACUCUCAAAAUGAAUUCAACCAGCCUCAAAAUUAAUAAAACAAUUAAAUACUACAAUAAAAAAUUCGAAGAGAACACCAGCAAAUGGUACAAAUUAAACAUUUGCGAACAAUGGUUGAAACUAAAAGAUGAAAUAAAGAAACUGUCAAUUAAUAUAGAAAUUAGAGAAAGCAAUAAAACCAAAAACAAACUAAAAGAACUCGCAGAAAAACUCGAAACAGCCAAAGAUUCAAGAGCAAUCUUCCUUAAAGAAGAGAUCAACAAUAUUCUAAAGGAACAAAAGAGAGAAUGCAACGAAGACACUCACCACGAACUCCUAAAAACAUUCAAUAAAAGGAUUGAUCAAAAGAUAUUGGACGAAAUUAAUCAACCAAUAGAAGAAUACGAAAUCAGACUAGGCAUUGAAAAAAUACAAGAAGGAAAAGCACCUGGUAAAGAUGGACUCCUUCCAACAUUUUACAAAAACCACAUUAAUGAAAUUCUACCAAUAAUAUCAAAACUAUACAAUCACUUCUGGAACACAACAAUCCCAAAGGACUUCAAACAAGGGAUAUUGAUUACUAUAUAUAAAAACAAAGGAGACCCAAACAACCUGGAUAACUAUAGACCAAUAACACUUCUAAAUGUCGAUUACAAAAUCUAUUCGAAAAUAAUCAACAAUAGGAUCCUGAAGUUCUUAAACAAAAUAAUCUCACCAUUCCAAACUGGAUUCGUACCAAGAAGACUACUGCACGAUAACAUCAUCACCUUAAACUCAACAAUAGAAAUAAUAAAACGAGAGAUUAACACAAAAGAGGAUAUGGAACCAAUCAUAACAUUUUAUGAUUUUGAAAAAGCAUUCGAUUCAAUCUCACAUAACGCCAUUCUACGUACUCUUGCACAUCUAAAACUACCACUCAAAAUGGUCCUCACAAUAAUGAACUUACUCAAUGAAUCAGAAACAUCAGGGUACAUCAAUAACUCAUUAUCUAAAAGCUUUACAUCAAAAAGAGGAACCAAACAAGGGGAUCCUAUCUCUCCCACUAUCUUCGCAUUAGUGGUUGAAUGCAUGGCAACUACUAUAAUAAAUGACCGCUGCAUCAAUGGUGUAACCAAAGAAACCAUUAAAAUACUACAGUUCGCCGAUGAUACAGCAACAAUAGCAUACAACUUUAUGGACCAUUUCCUCAUGAAUGAAUGGAUCAAGAAGUUUUGCCAAGCAACCAGCGCAAAAAUAAACCAAACCAAAUGCUCGUGUAUCACUUUCAAAUGGAACACCAGAACGCUAUACACCGUCAUAAAAUCAAACGAAAGGUACCUCGGCUUUGACUUCAACAAUAAGGGUAUCAAAUCCAAAAUCAAUACAAUCUCAGACAACAUCAGAGCUAAACUAGUAACAUGGAACUCAACUUCAUCAACCUAUAUGGGCAGACUCAUAAUGGCAAAAACAUAUGCACUAUCUCAGUUAACGUUCCACACUUACAUCAACACCACACCACAACACAAUAGUAUUGAAAAUAACAUCGUAAAAUUCGUUUUCAACACAAAAUCUAAAAACUCUCUUUCACUACAAAGAAGACAAAACAACUAUAUCAAUGGUGGCCUAAACUUAUGGAACCUGAAGACAAGAGAACUAGCACAGAAAGCAUGGUUAUUCGAAAGAUACCUCCACCAAAGAGUAAGUAACACUCCUAGUUCAUAUAUAAAACUGUGGGAAGAGGAACUCAAAAACAACAACAACAACAAAACAACAACAAAACAAAAUCAACUACAACUACACUGGCAAUGCAAGCAAGCAUGGACCCAAUUAAAAACUCCACAAAAUAAACAAACACACUACGAACACCUCCCAAAAUUAAAAAAAAUAUACGAGGAUAUGAUGACAACUCAAUCUCCUGAACACAACAAAUUCAUACCAACUCCUGGCCAAAAAGAAAUAAUGACCAAAAUUAAUAGCAAACACCUUCCAUUUAAAGAAAUCAAAAAAAUAAUAAACAUGAAAGGUAGAGAUCUAUUAUGGAGAUACACACUGAAAGCACUACCAAAAAUAUACAACAUGCCAUGCCAACAGUGUGGGGAAGAUGAGACCUCAGAACAUAUAUUCUUCAACUGCAAAGCCCACAUCAAAAACACACAAGAAAUCUUCAACUACACCCUAACUAAGUGUGGACACACCACUCACACCUGGAAUGUGAAGAUUUUAAACCAUCUACAAAUUGCACUAGUAGCCAAUUUAAUAGCUAUUAUAUUCGAUAAAAUCUGGCACAAAAGAAAUAAACUCAUUCACGAUGAAAAAGAAAUAAUAAUUCACAGACAACAAGUCAUACGUGAACUAAUUAAAACACAAAGAGCUGCAUGGGACAGGACACAAGCGGUUAUAAACAAAACAUUAAGAAUCAAAUCAAAGCAACGGCCAGAAGAACAAAAUAAAUUAGACUCACUAAUCUCGCUAAAGCUAUUACAAUUUAGCAGACAAUGGAACUCACCUCUUCACGCAAUAGAACUUCCUAAACAUCUCAAAAAAUACAAUAAUUCACUCAGUACUUUCUAUAAAUAA